AUGAAAAAAAAUGUUUUUACUCUAAACGUUAAGGUUUACAGUACUGGUUGGAUGUCGCCUUCUGAGGUUAUGAAGAACGGCCGUCCUGAGAAGUGGAACAGUGCUCUGAGAAUUUGUAUAAUUCGUGGAAUUGGACUCUCUCUGUUUGGAAGUUGUAUCCAUGGGCGCUUUGCAAAGAACUUGAGAAGAGCUUCUUUCUUCAUCUCCUUUAUGUCGUCUACAGGAGUGUUUUCUGGUAUUUGA